AUGGGCUCCCACUGCUCCAGCCUGGAUGACAUCUUGGAGGAGGAUAUGCACCACUGGUACACCAAAUUUAUGCGAGAGUCUCCGUCAGGGCUCAUCACGCUCUUUGAGCUGAAAACCAUGCUGGAAAUGAACGGUAUGACAGAGGAGGCACACAGCUACGUUGACCAAGUCUUCUUCACCUUUGACAUGGAUGGGGACGGCUACAUAGACUUUGUUGAAUACAUUGCAGGCAUAAGUUUACUACUGAAAGGAGAAAUCAACCAGAAGCUAAAGUGGUACUUCAAGCUCUUUGAUCAAGAUGGAAAUGGGAAAAUCGAUAAGGAGGAAAUGGAGACUAUAUUCAAGGCUAUUCAAGAUAUCACUAGAAGUUAUGACAUCCCUCCAGAAGAGAUUGUGACUGUUGUAUACGAGAAGAUCGAUGUCAACGGUGAAGGUGAGCUGACAUUGGAGGAGUUCAUCAGCGGGGCCAGGGAUCACCCAGACAUCAUGGACAUGCUCGCUAAGAUGAUGGACCUCACCAACGUCCUAGAAAUCAUCAUCAGAGGACAGCAACCAAAGAAAGUGGAAGGCCCUUAA